AUGCCUCCCCGUUUCAAAACGUCAUUCUUAACGACGGUAAUUUUGGUUAUCAUCCUAUGUCAACUUGUUCUCGGUCUCCCAGUCUCCGAGAAAAAUAUUUCAGAUGAACCCAGCACCGAAACUCAAUUGGUAUUUGAAAUGCCAACUGAGCAAAACUCUACAAAUUUAACGGUAAAUGGACAAUUUUAUAAUGGGUUAUCAGAUGAAACUCUUGACGGAAUUCAGAAGAGAUUUGACGAAAUUCUUGCCUGGAUUAAGGACAAACUCAAUACAGCCUCCGACAAACUCAAAGAACUCUAUAAAAUGACGGCUGAAUUUGUUUCGGAUCAUUCUCCGCUCAUUAUUAUGAUAAUUAUUACUGUUCCUGUUCUGUACUGUUUUCGAUAUGUAUUUCUCAAUAUUAUUCGGAAGAUAGGCUAUAGUGCUAAAGGAAUAGUUAGAAAAAGCCCAGCCGCUUUUCAUAUGUCUCUCCAUGGUGGGAAAGUAGCUGCCGGUAGUCUCGUUUCUCGUUUACAAAAAGUUGGUGCACUAGGUUUUG